GAAAUGCAGAAAACAAAAGAGGAAGACUUUUUGAAGUUAUUCGAUAGGUGGAAAGAGGAAGAAAAGGAGAAACUGGUUGAUGAAAUGGAAAAAGUCAAGGAGAUGUUUAUGAAGGAGUUUAAAGAAUUAACUUCUAAGAAUUCAGCAUUAGAAUUUCAAUUGUCAGAAAUCCAGAAGUCCAAUAUGCAGAUCAAGUCCAACAUAGGCACACUAAAAGAUGCCCACGAGUUUAAAGAAGACCGCUCUCCAUAUCCCCAGGAUUUCCAGAACGUGAUGCAGCUUCUUGAUAGUCAGGAAAGUAAGUGGACAGCUCGAGUUCAAGUUCUCCAUCAGGAACACAAGAAGGAGAAGGGUCGGCUCCUGUCACAUAUAGAGAAACUUCGCACCUCAAUGAUAGAUGAUCUAAAUGCAAGUAAUGUUUUCUACAAGAAAAGAAUAGAAGAGCUGGGCCAGAGACUCCAGGAGCAGAAUGAGCUGAUUAUCACCCAGAAGCAGCAGAUUAAAGAGUUUGCCAGUAAAACAUUAAACAGUGUCAGUGAACCCAAAGGGAAUCUUUUAGCCUGGCAAGCUUUUGAGUCUAAGCCUCCUGCUCCAACUGUAACUAUGAAUGCUUCAGCCACUCAGACUUUGGAAGCUAAAUCAAGUUUAACAAUGGCGCAUGAACAGACAUUCUCGUCGCACAUCCUGGAACCAAUAGAAGAACUCUCAGAGGAAGAGAAAGGAAGGGAAAAUGAACAGCAAUUAAAUAAGAAAACACAUUUAAGGAAAACUUUGAAGACUAACCCCUCCUUCACUAAGGAAAUCAGAGCCAUCUUGGAACAGAACUUGGUGAAGAAACUGGAGACCCUGGGGAUUAAUGCAAACAUACGGGGUAUUCCAAGUGAUCACUUGAAUAGAGUGCUUAGAACCGUGGAAUUAGGAAGACAUGAGCAAGAAAGAAAAAUACCAAACAUUCAGCAAAUUCGGGAAUCCCUUGAACAUCAGGUCAGCUGUAAAAUUGAGGAGAAAGCAUUCCUGUCUUCAGAUAAAUACAGCAUUCCUCAAAUGGACACAUUUUCAGCUGGAGAAAUACCCAAAGCAAUCCAGCUUCCUCCCAAAAGCAAACCAUUGGUUAGACAAAGACCUGUUUUUACUGAGAAGGCAGCUGUUCCAAAAAGUAAGAAAAAUAUCAUAGACGAUCCUUUUCCCAGAAAGGCUUCAUCUAUUGUGACACCUCCCUUCAGUUCUGAGGAAGAGCUGGAUGAGGAUGACUUCAUCCAGGCCUACAUGUCCCCAGACUUACUGCCCACGCAGCCAUCUAAGAGCAGCAAGAGUGGCUUCGGAAAGAGCACCAUCAUAAGUGACACGGAUGGGACCGAGGGAAGCGAAGUGGAGGACUCCGAUGCCUCUUCUCCCAAGCCCACAGGAACCUCCUUUAAAACACAGACUGAAAAAGUUGAAAAGAUGGUCUCACAGCAGAGGAAUGGGAGUAAGCCCGCUCCUGGGAUGAAUGUUCCAGACAUGUUUAUCAAAAAAGAAGAAGAAGAACUAAAGUGCAUAGAUGUGGAUGAUGACGACUGGGACAUAUCAUCCUUAGAAGAAGAAAAAUCCUUGGGGGAAAAAAAUGGGAAAGAACACAAGGAGCCUCCACCUGUGAAGAAUGAACCAAAUUCUACUCAAGUGCCAAGUGUCUGGGGUGCAUUUAUCCCUCGGCCGCCCAAGGGAGAAGCUGGUUGCCAGUGAGUCAUGCCUAAAUCCUAGCUACUUGGGAGGCUGAAAUCAGGAGG